AACGGGUAUCAACACUCCACGUCUUUACGGUCUAUCCAAAAUGCACAAAGCGGGUCUUCCUCUUCGCCCAGUUUUAGGCAUGUAUAACUCUCCAUUUCAUGGAGCAGCAAAGUGGUUAGUGAAGAUUUCGGGACCUUUGCUGAACUUCGUGUUCUCUUCUUAGAAUGAAAAGGCCGAAUUUUGUGAAUGUCAUCAGUGACUGAAAUGUGUAGGGCUAUUGUAUCUCCAUUUCGAAUAUUUCAGUUUAUCCGAACACAUAUUGAAAACAACAUUGGUUCUUCAUGUUGGUAGAAACUCACAUUACGAAUUAUUUUAUGAUGACCAUCGAAAAUGAUCACUUUCCAGUUUACAGUACAUUACAGGAUCAUGUCUUUCAGAAAUCACACCGGUGACUCACCACUCUUCCUUUCACCAGACCUUCUCAGUACAAACAUCUGUGGAUUUUAUGGAAUCACCUUUUCAACUAUUACCACAUACCAACAAACAUCAACAAGUCACUUCGUUUUCUGAUUCAGGUCAUACUUUGUCAUGGGGGGCAAGUCAUCCGGAAAUACUCUCAGGUGAAUCACAUGAAGGACCAAUCAAUCCAGCUAGUGAAGACACUCGUACAAUUCUGUCAAACUUGUUUCAAGAGGUUGUGAGUGUUUUCCCCGAUAAGUUCCUACAUCUGGGUGGCAGUGUGUAUGACAGACAGUUGUGGCAAGAAGAUGCAGAGAUUCAAGAGUUUAUGAAGCGGAAUGGAUUUGACGAGGACUACAAUAAACUGGAGAACUACUAUUUUGAAAUGCUUGCAGGAAUCAUUGAGAAUAUUGGUGCAAAUGUACAGUCGACUAUCACACCGAUUGUGUGGCAGAGUGUAUUUGAAAAUGGUUAUCGCGGAAACACCAACACUGUCAUACACGUACACAAUGAGUCCGAUUGGCAAAAUCUUGUCAAAUCUAUCACAUCGUCUGGAUACAGAGUUAUAAAUUCAGCCUGUUGGUCGAAUCUGAAUGAAGCUGUUGUCACAGAUACAAGGAAGUUUUACGAAUGUGAUAUAUCACAAUUUGGAGGUACCGAUGAAGAAGUUGAAAUGGUGAUUGGUGGAGAAGUCAUCAUCUGGGGAACAUAUGUGGAUGAUGUCAAUCUCUUCAUAGAAUCCUGGUAA